UAAGGCCAGUAAAAUGACAAGUGGUGUGAAUUGUCUGUGGCAAUGUUCUGCAGUGCUGUGUAAAUUUUAUGUUUUGCUGUUUUAAGCAUAUUUGGUAGUAAAUAUGAAAGUUCGACUCUAUUUUAAAACAACAGUAGAAUAUUCUGGUCUUUAUUUCAUACAAUUCUAGAAUUGUAUGUUUAUGCCAUAUUUGAAAAAAUGUUUUCGAUUGUGGUAAUUUUAAUUUAAUAAUUUGAUUAUCGAAGGGGGGGGGGGGGGGGAAAUUGAAGGGUCGAAGAAUACAAUUUUAUUUAUAUCUGUUUAGAUCUGCAAAUAUUUAGCUACGUAAACGCAGUUGAGGUCCUCGCGCUGUACACGUCAGUUGUGCCAGUUGCGAUGUAGUAGACAGGUGUAGCCUAGGAAUCUUCCUAGGAAUGAAUCGGCGGAUAUUGCCGCCUGCAGUGAUUCCUCCCCUGUACCCGGCCCACUCGAGCGGCAGCAACGGGAACGAGGACGCCAGCCCUGGGGCGGCCGCGAGUGCCGGGAACGUGCUGCGUCACGCCAGGAGACACACGGUCUCGAAAGUGACGUUCGACACGGAGGUGGCGGAGUCGCCGCGCCUCGUGAGGAAGCACUCGUCUCUCAAGGGCACCUGCCGGCCCACCCCCGGGGACGAUCAUGGCGAGCCGUGUUCCCCGCCGCCCAGGACACUGCUCAAGGGUGAAAGUAAGAAUAAAACUGCAAUUGGGAAGCAUUUGAUAGGUUGUUGCGAGCAUGGAAGCAGUCGUGACCUGCCCGGCAGGGUGGCGGAGGCUUGUAAACACAACACCCAGAUAUACGUGCAGAUAUCCAACCCUAACCAUAAGGAAAAUGAGAGAUUAAUAACUGCACCAAGUAGUAAAAACAACAUCACAAUCUACAUGACGACGCAAGCCAGCAACUCGAGCGGCUGUGGGAAGUCCAGCCUGCACUGCGGCACCCCGCCCCCGCCCCCGGGGAAGGUCUGUCGGCACGUCACGGAGUCGGAAGCGUGCGUGAAGCCGGAGGGCAGCGUGCAGGUGUGUCUGGUGGCCUGUCGCGACGAGUGCAGGCCGCAGAGCCCGGAGCCGGACGAGGGCGCGCUGUUCGUGUCGCGGGUGGGCCUCGCCAAGGGCGUGUCGGUAGGCGUGCAGGUGUCGCCGUGCGCGCAGUACCGGCUGCGCUUCUUGCCGAUGUGCGGGUGCACAGCGGUGGAGGAUGAGGAAGGGGACCGGCAGUUCUGCGGGGCAGAGGGAGUGUGGUUCGUGCUGCGGCUGGCAGGGCGCUGGGUGCUGUCGCAGUGCGGACUGGCCAUGGUGCUGACUGCGUGGGCGCUACUGGGGGCCGCGGCCUUCCACGCGACGGAGGGCCCCCAGGAGGAGCGGCAGAUGCGCGAGCUCAAGGUGAAGCAGCUGGCGACGGCGGAGCAGCUGGUGAGGGAGCUGCGCCACGCCAACCACACCACGUGGCUGCGCGCCGUGCAGGGACAGCUGGAGUACCACGAGCGCGCCCUGCUCAUGGCCGUGAGCGCCGGGUACGGCGAGGGCGGCGUGGUGGGCACCAUCUGGAGCUACCCGGGCUCCAUCUUGUUCGCGGUGUCGCUUCUCACCACGCUAGGGUUCGGAGCCCCCGUGCCGCGCACCACGCUGGGCCGCCUGGCUGCGGUGGUCUUCUCUGCCAUCGGCAUCCCACUGCACCUGCUGCUCAUGCUCAACGUGGGCGUGCUAGUGGCCGUGAAACUGCAACUCCUGGCCGCGGCCUGGCAGCCCGGCGUGUCGCUGCCCCGUGCCCUCCUGCACUGCUGCUGCCCCAGUGCCGACGAGGCAGGUGCGCUGAAGGCUGCCGACCGGGCGCGCAGCAUCUGCGCCGUGACGCCCCCGCGCUGGCUCAAGUGGCUCCCGGCUCUCGCCAUCCUGCUGUACUACACGCUAGGCGUGCUGGUGUUCGGGCUGGGGCGUUCGCGACCCCUCGCCGCCUGCAUGCUGUUCCCGCUCGACUUCACGGCCGCCGGCGGGGUUGGCCACACCCCGGGCUUCGUGCGGGUCUGGUACGCCAUCUACCUGGAGACGGCCGUGAUGUUGGCUGCCAUCUCCGUGUCUGUCGUGCAGAUGUCUGCCUCCAAGGGCAUCACCAACCUGGGACUUAAGCUAGGGCUGCUCACCAACUCCUAGAGCUGUCUGGUUGGAGGCAUUGCAGAUGUCUGCCUCCAAGGGCAUCACCAACCUGGGACUCAAGCUAGGGCUGCUCACCAACUCCUAGAGCUCUCUGGUUGGAAGCAUUGCAGAUGUCUGCCUCCAAGGGCAUCACCAACCUGGGACUCAAGCUAGGGCUGCUCACCAACUCCUAGAGCUCUCUGGUUGGAAGCAUUGCAGAUGUCUGCCUCCAAGGGCAUCACCAACCUGGGACUCAAGCUAGGGCUGCUCACCAACUCCUAGAGCUCUCUGGUUGGAAGCAUUGCAGAUGUCUGCCUCCAAGGGCAUCACCAACCUGGGACUCAAGCUAGGUAUGCUCACCAACUUCUAGAGCUGUCUGGUUGGAGGCAUUGCAGUGACGUGGUGCAGAUGUCUGCCUCCAAGGGCAUCACCAACCUGGGACUCAAGCUAGGUAUGCUCACCAACUCCUAGAGCUCUCUGGUUGGAAGCAUUGCAGAUGUCUGCCUCCAAGGGCAUCACCAACCUGGGACUCAAGCUAGGGCUGCUCACCAACUCCUAGAGCUCUCUGGUUGGAAGCAUUGCAGAUGUCUGCCUCCAAGGGCAUCACCAACCUGGGACUCAAGCUAGGUAUGCUCACCAACUUCUAGAGCUGUCUGGUUGGAGGCAUUGCAGUGACGUGGUGCAGAUGUCUGCCUCCAAGGGCAUCACCAACCUAGGACUCAAGCUAGGGCUGCUCACCAACUCCUAGAGCUCUCUGGUUGGAGGCAUUGCAGUGACAUGGUGCAGAUAUCUGCCUCCAAGGGCAUCACCAACCUAGGACUCAAGCUAGGGUUGCUCACCAACUCCUAGAGCUCUCUGGUUGGAGGCAUUGCAGAUGUCUGCCUCCAAGGGCAUCACCAACCUGGGACUCAAGCUAGGGCUG